AUGGAUACAAGUUAUUGUGCCCAAGAUAUUCUACGUUGUGACUUAUGUGAUUCUGAACUACAAAGUCAUUGCGAGCUAUGCCAUAUUAACCUUUGUAGGGCUUGUGUUGGAGACCAUCUGUCGGAUUCAUCCAAAAAGCACAGGGUUGUGCCUUAUAGUGAAAGACGUUCUACCUUAAACUACCCCAAAUGUCCACAUCAUGACGAUAAAUGUUGCGAACUUUACUGUGAGAUAUGUGACAGUACUGUGUGUUCUACUUGCAUAUCUUCAGGUAAGCACAAAGGACACAAUUUAGUAGAUGUUCGACAAAAACUGUCGUCAAAGAAAGAAGAUUUGGAAAAAGACUUAAAAGAAUUAGAGGAAAAUAUCUAUCCAAAGUACACAGAAAUUGCCACAGACAUACAUAAAGAUGAAGCAGACUUUGAGGAAUACUAUGGGAAACAGAUAACGGCUGUCAUCACCCAAGGAGAAGAGUGGCACAAAGAAGUCGAAAACAUUGUCAAUAAAGAAAAGUCGAGCAUCGAGGAGAUGAAAACCAAACAUCUAACUGCUAUAAAUAAAGAGAAAGACAGCAUCACACAGACUGUUUCUCACCUGCAAAAGAACAUUUUGGAAUUAAAGAAUAUACUGAAAUCAAAUGAUUUCUCCCUUGCAUUUGAGUACAAAUCUAGAAAUGCUGAGUUUAGGAGACUGCCACCUAAACUCAAAAUCUCCUUGCCAAGUUUUUGUCCUCGAAUGACAAGUACAGAACAGCUACGUCAACAGUUUGGUUCAUUAUCAGCCUUAUUCAUCUCUGAAGAAGACCGAGGCUGGAUAAUGAGAAAACCAGAAGGUUCACUGUCUCCUCCAGUGAAACCCUUGUUGAGCCAACCACAACUUUUGGCGUCAAUUGACACAGGGUAUCCUUUGCAAAAAAAUCAAUACAGUGUUACGUGCCUCAGUGAUGAACUAAUAUGGACAAGUGGGGAGGACAGAAUCUUAAAGCUUUACAACCUGCAGGGCUCACUGCUUAAGCUUUUCCAGACUGGGCAAGGGAGCGAUCCAGAGGAUAUAACAAUUACGCGGAAUGGAGAUUUAGUUUUUACUGACCCGAAUCAAACAACCGUAAACAUAGUGAAAAAUGACCGGCUUUGGGAAAUGAUCAGAGUAGAUCAGUGGAAAAUUUGGGGCAUCUGCAAAACCUAUCUCGGUGAACUCCUAGUUACCAUGGACAGGGCUAAUGAAUCAAAAGUGGUUCGUUUUUCUGGUUCUACAAAGAUACAGUCAAUUCAAUUUGAUGAAGGAAAUGCUCUUUAUUUGCCAGGAACUGCUAAAUAUAUUAGUGAGAAUAGAAACUUCGACAUAUGUGUGACUGAAAAUAUUCACAGCAGAGUCGUGGUGGUCAACCAGGCCGGUAAACUUCGAUUCAGAUAUACUGGACAUCGGUCUGUUUUUCCUAUGAACAGAACAUUUGAUCCAAUUGGCAUUACAACAGACAGCCAAAGCCAUAUCCUAGUUGCAGACUGCAAAAAUUGUUGUAUCCAUAUCCUAAAUCAAGACGGAAAGUUCCUCCGUUUCAUUAAUAACUGCUAUUUGACCAGGCCAUGGGGUAUUUGCGUAAACACAAGUGACAAACUUUUUGUGGCGGACGGCAAAACAAUAAAGAAAAUCCUUUACAUCUAA